CACCCUCGGUCGCACAAAUCCCUCCCAAAUAGAUUUAGUCCGAUUGGUUAAUAAGUUUGUUCUCCAUAUAAUUAAUCAAGAUUCUAUUUUAAGAUCAAGAAACAUAUGCCUUUGUGUCGACAUAGAUAUCAUGUAUUUAACCGAACUUAAAAAAAAAUUAAUUGAUGUGAACGUAAAUUAGCUUGAACAUCUCGACCGUCGGGCAAAAAACCCUCUUCCAGACCCCACCCACCCAACCACCACUCUUCCAAUCCACUUUAAAGAAAACCCACUCCACCCUCUCCCUCCCCUCUCGCCCACCCCAACCUCCACCCACCACUCCUCCAAUUCAAGAAAAAACCCACUUCACCCUUUUCCGUUCCAAUCCCCCCACCCCCACCCACCACCAUCCACCAAUCAUGCCGCCGGCAAACUUCUGGGGAGACACCCCGGAGGAAGAAUACUACACCUCCCAAGGCGUCCGCAACACCAAGUCCUACUUCACCACCCCGCACGGAAACCUCUUCACCCAGUCCUUCAUCCCCUUAGACCAGCCCGUCAAGGCCACGGUGUACAUGUCCCACGGGUACGGCUCCGACACAGGGUGGCUGUUCCAGAAGAUCUGCAUCGGCUACGCCAGGUGGGGCUACGCCGUGUUCGCCGCCGAUCUACUGGGCCACGGCCGGUCGGACGGGAUCCGGUGCUACCUGGGGGACAUGGCGAAGGUCGCCGCCGCGUCGCUUUCGUUCUUCGUGAGUGUUCGUCGAAGCGAGGAGUAUAAGGGGCUGCCGGCGUUUCUUUUUGGGGAGUCGAUGGGGGGGUUGGCGACCAUGCUUAUGUAUUUCCAGUCGGAGGCUGACACGUGGACGGGCCUAAUCUUCUCUGCUCCUCUGUUCGUUAUUCCUGAAAACAUGAAACCAUCCAAGAUACACCUAUUCAUGUAUGGACUUCUAUUCGGACUGGCAGACACCUGGGCAACAAUGCCGGACAACAAGAUGGUGGGAAAGGCAAUCAAGGACCCAGAGAAACUGAAGAUCAUAGCAGGAAACCCCAGGCGAUAUACGGGUCCACCAAGGGUGGGGACGAUGAGGGAGAUUGCCAGGAUGUGCGAGUACGUACAGAACAACUUCCACAAGGUGACGGCUCCGUUUCUGACAGUGCAUGGGACGGCUGAUGGCGUCACGUGUCCCACAAGCUCUAAGCUGUUAUACGAGAAGGCGUCAAGCGAGGACAAGACAUUGAAGAUCUACGAGGGAAUGUACCACUCGCUGAUACAGGGGGAGACUGAUGAGAAUGCUGAUAUUGUGUUGGGCGACAUGAGGGCUUGGAUUGAUGAGAGAGUUGAGAGGUAUGGGCCAAAGAGUAACAAUGGUGAAAGUAAAGGUGAUUAACAGACGGGAAAAGAUUAUUGUUGACUCUCAAUGUGGGUUAAGAACUAAUUUGUCGGUUCGGUGAGUCGGGUUUUUGAUGCGAGUCCGUGAAUAUGUAUUGAUUGGUCACUGGUGUAAAAGUGGCAAUCAAAGGGCUAAAGCCUAAAAACUUGAACCUACUGUGUAAUAAGGUGAGGGAUGAUUUUCCCACAUUGUAAUCUGUUUAUUCAGUUAUAAAGUGCUGAAAACUGCAAAUGUUUUUGAA